CGCCCUCCCGGUGGCUGCGGCGGCGGCGGGGAGGUCCCUGGGGAGGCCCCAGGUAAUUCCCGGGCGACUCCGCCUCCCAUUGGCUGCCGCCCGCGUCACCUGCCGGCCCGCGAGCCGAGCCGGGAGGGAGGAGUCGGGGCCCCGGGCCGGCGGGCGGCCGUGCCCGGGCGGGCGGACAUGGCAGGAGCCUGCCGGUGGGCCUCCCUGCUGCUGUGCCUGCUGCAGACCGCUCCAGGAAGCUGGAUUGGAAGCUUAGCAGCCAGGACUCGAAGCAGUGCCCGUAUGGGAUACCAGCUGCGUCACAAUGAUGGCCCCGGAGGCCCGCUCUGGCCCCUCCCCAGAACGUGUCGCUGCUCUCCCAGAACUUCAGCGUGUACCUGACGUGGCUCCCAGGCCCUGGCAACCCCCAGGACGUGACCUACUUUGUGGCCUACCAGAGCUCUCCCUCCCCCAGGUGGCGCAGAGUGGACAAGUGUGCAGGAACCCGCGAGCUGGUGUGUUCCCUGAUGUGCCUCAAGAAUCAGGACCUGUACAACAAGUUCAGGGGGCGAGUGCGGGUGGCUUCGCCCAGCGCCAAGUCCUCCUGGGUGGAAUCCAAAUACCUGGAUUACCUCUUUGAAGUGGAGCUGGCCCCGCCCACGCUGCUGCUUACCCACAUGGAGGAGAUCCUGAGUGUCAAUGCCACCUACCAGCUGCCCCCUUGCAUGCCCCCGCUGGACCUGAAGUAUGAGGUGGAGUUCUGGAAGGAAGGCACCAGAAACAAGAUCCCAUUUCCAGUCACUCCAUACGGCCAGGCAGUCUGGGUGCCCCUUCAGCCCACGGCCAGCGGCUGGCACUGCCUCCACGCCAGGACCAUCCACACCUUCAUUGUCCCCAGAUACAGCAAGUUCUCCAAGCCCAGCUGCUUUUUCCUGGAGGCCCCAGGGUGCACGGCGGCAGGAAGCUGGAAGCGGCGGCGCAGCAGGCCAGCAGCCAACCUGGCCUUCCUGGUGAUGCCGUCUCUUCUGCCGCCGCUGCUGGUCGUUGCCACGGGAGGUGUGAUCUGGAAGAGUCUCAUGGGGAGCCCCUGGUUUCAACGGGCAAAGACACCGCAGGCUCUGGUGUUUUCUGGCCCCAGAUGUCCCGUGGCAACCCUGCAGCCCAGCGGGCCGGAGUCCCUGGAGACCCUGCUCCUCUGUCCCCGGAAGGAACUGACCAGAAGGGCUCCAGGCGGCGCGCAGGCGGGGUCGGAGAGCAGAGCUGGAGCCGAGGAGGCCCGGGAUGACCCUGCGAGCUCCGAGGAGGACUCCGAUGACAGCGCCUGCUUCCAGCCCUACCUCGGCGCGCCCCCCUUCCUGAGGCGAGAGCCCCCGGCUGCGGGCCACGCUGAGACGGAGGGGUCCCGGCCAGGCUCAGCGGGGGCUCCCACGCCUCCAGGCCCCAGCAGUGGCUCCUCUGCCUGGGACUGCUCCGGGAGAAGCUGGGCCAGCGCCGGGGAGGCCUCCUGGCCCUGGGCCGAGGCUGGCUCCUCUGAAUGUUUGGCCAAGAGGGGCCUGGGCCCAGAGCCGGGGGGGUCUGAGCAUCCAGGGCCUCCACCCCCAGGGGCGUUCUCCCAGGGCAUGGACUCCCUGGCGGAGCCCCUGCAGGAUGACCCUGGCUCCUGGGCCACCUGGAGCUCCCCACCCCCGCGGCUGGGUCUGCUCCCUGGGGAACCCCCAGUUUCACUUCGGACACUGACCUUCUGCUGGGACAGCAGCCCUGAGGAGGAGGAGGAGGAGGAGGAAGGGGAGGAAGAGGAGGAGGAAGAAGACAGGAGGGAAUCAGAAAGUGAGCACAGUGACCUGGGUAGCUCGGGGGCUGAGACCCUGCAGAGGCCCGAGGUCGGGGGCAGGGUGCCGGGGCACUACAUGGCCAGGUCAGCCGGCCUCCAGCCUCUCACCCCACCCGGCGCCCCCGCCGGGUUCUCCAAGCACUCGGCACCCCAGCAGGACCCCGGAGCCUACGUCCCCCGCUGAGGCGGCCCACGUCCUUGCAGCUUUUUGAGAAGGCCCUGCCCACUGCAGGCUGAGUCCAAGAGGGGUGGAGAAAGGUGGGUCAAGGUCAGGGGUCCGUUAGGGGUCAGACCACCCCGCUGUUCCUUGGGGUGGCGGAAGGAGGGGAAGCCAGGCUGCUGGAUGCCAAGGCUGACCACAAGGAGCUGUCCAGAACUUGGGGACGGGGUCCAGCGGCCGCACACCUGAUGCAUCAGGACCUGUGCCUUUCAACCAAGCUCCACCGAGCUCCCCCGACCCUGAUUCUCAGCCUCCGGACCCACAAGUCCUGUGCGUGGACCCUGAUAAAGGAAAAUCCGGCUGGCAGAGAGCGUCCGAAGGAACAGGUGGUGGACUUUAAGUGCGUCUUGGAGUCAUGGAAUUGCAGUGUUUAACGCCGUGCGGACCUGGGUUCAAAUCCCUGCUCGGCCUUUUGCCUUCCUUCUCUACCUCAGCCUCCCCUGCAGCUCCGCCCAGCUGUGGUGAGCGGCCAGGGAGUCCUCCACAUGGGGCCUGCCACGUCCUUGGUGCUCUCUCCUUGGCGGCUGGCAGGAUCUCCACCCACCCAGGCUCCAAGGAGACCCCCGGCAUCUCCCACCUGUGACCCUUAAACUGAUAACACCCCAGCGCCCCCACCUUCCAGCCUGCCCCCCCAGUCCUUCCCCCUGGCAGACUGAGUUCUCAGAAGCCGACCCAGGGGCCCUGCUCCCUCCCUCCGUGUCUUCCAGCAAUGGCAGCUCUGCUCCCAGGGCAGGCACCAGGUGAUCCAUCUUCCGGGAGGCCGGACCUGUGCAGGGGGCCAGCGACAGGGCAGGUCCCCUGGGCCUGGGACCCCGGGCCCUGCGGCUGAAUACAGUGGUCAUUCAGAAGCCCUGUGUCCCAUCUCCUCCCGAAAAAGGUGGCUGCUCCCACCAGGGUGGCGACAGGUGCUCAGUUAACCUACACUCACCUGGGUAUAGAUGACUCGGGCGCUCCUGUUUAAAUCCCCCCGGGGCUCGCCUUUGGGAAGAAGGGACACUCAAGGCCACUUUCCUCUCAGAGCUGCGCUGGCUGGAAGCCGCCACAAGGGUGCGCUCUUCCAUGCCAGGUCCAGGAGUUCUCAGACCACCCGCAUUCCCAAAAGGCCUUGGGUUUCUGUUGUAGGGGUGACAGGGAGCCGCUGGCCUAAGGGCUCCUUCCCUUAGGAAGCCUCGCCAUGCCCCGAUUUCUACACGGUGGUCUCACACAUGGGGUUGGUUUGGGGGCAGGGGCUUCCACUGUUGCCCAGCCUGCACGCACUCACAGUCUGGGAAGCUCACAGCCCAGGGCCAGCUGCAGAGAGACCAGACCACAGCCGGUGACUUCCGGGGACACAGCUGGCCCACUCCCUGGAGGUCGCCAGCACUGCGUUGCCUUGGGCUGUUUCUGUUCCUUAACCUUGCUGCUCUUUUUAAGAUUUUUUUUUUUUCUUAGAGUUAGAUUUCUGCUGUAGCCUGAGACUUCAUUGUGCAUUUUGGUUCCCUUCCAGCCGUGAGGUCGUCCACGGAAACCCUGGGCAGCAUUUGGAAAGGGCGUGCGGAUCAGGAUUUGUGGGGCAUGCUUAGCACUUAUUGUUUACAUAACCCUUUUCUGCCCCGUGGCCGGGCACUGGGGAGCAUAGGCCGGGGCUGCCGCCAAGGACAAGGGUCAAGGAGGAGAGGAGGCGGUGCCCAAGUGCGAGGUGAUGACUGCUGGAGCACUGUGACAGCUCUGCAGUUCCCGCCCAUUCCUAUGCAUCUCUGACCCCAUUUCUCUGUGUAUGUUCUAUUUAAAUGACACCUGGUGCUUGCUGGCAUAUGACUCCAUGCUGUUUAAAUAAAGAGCUCUAUUUUUUUAAAGAAAAUUCUUUUUU